UUCUAUUGUGCACAGUAGCAUUGACUUGUUCUUUCUUGACGCUAAAAAAUCUUAUCUCUCUCUCUCUCUCUACCUCAAUUGUGCAGAGAUGGGCGGUUGUUUCUCUGUCUCGUUGCCAUGUGAUCAAGUGGUGAAUCAAUUUUCUCAGUGGUUAUGCCUCAGGGGGUGUUAUAUCCACAACCUUCCUGAGAAUAUCGUUGCUCUUCAGCAUGCCAUGGCAAUGCUCACGGCAAAGCUAGACGAUGUGCUGAGAACAGUGGGCAGAGAGGAGUUUACAGGGCGUCAACAAAGGAUUUCCCAAGUUCAGGUAUGGCAUGCUAAUGUCCUAACCACCAAAAAAAAAGUCGACGAUCUGCUUAGUACUUAUGAGGCUGAGCUUCAAAGGUUGUGCCUAUGUGGUUUUUGCUCCAAAGAUUUAAAACUGAGCUAUCUUUAUGGGAGAAGUGCGCCUGAUGUUGAGAAACUGAGUUCUCAAGGAGGAUUUGAUGUGGUGGUCGAGGCAUCUACGUUUGGUGAGGUGGAUGAGAUCCCUAUUCAACCCACCAUUUUUGGUCAGGAAAGAAUGCUUGAAAAGGCAUGGACGCUUCUCAUGGAAGAUGGAUCAGGGAUGUUGGGUCUGUACGGUAUGGGAGGAGUGGGGAAAACCACACUACUCACACAGAUCAACAAUAAGUUUUCUGAAAUAAGUGACAGGUUUGAAGUUGUGAUAUGGGUUGUUGUGUUUAAAAGUGCAACAGUCCGUAAGAUUCAAAGAGACAUAGCUCAAAAGGUUGGCCUUGUGGAGAUGGGUUCGGGAGAGAAAGACGAGAACCAGAGAGCCCUUGACAUCUACAAUGUUCUUAGAAGAAGAAAGUUUGCGUUAUUGUUGGAUGACAUAUGGGAGAAAGUGGAUUUAAAAGCGGUAGGAGUCCCGUACCCAACUAGAGAUAAUGGAUGCAAGGUAGCGUUCACAACUCGCUCUCGAGAUGUGUGUGGCCGCAUGGGGGUUGAUGAUCCAGUGGAAGUUAGCUGUUUGCAACCAGACGAGUCAUGGGAUCUGUUCCAAAGGACAGUUGGGGAAAACACACUGGGAAGUCAUCCAGACAUUCCAGAACUUGCGAGAAAAGUCGCUAGGAAAUGCCGUGGCCUACCGUUAGCACUCAAUGUUAUCGGUGAAACCAUGGCAUGCAAAAGGACAGUACAUGAAUGGUGUCAUGCGGUUGACGUUUUGACAUCAUCUGCCACAGAAUUUUCAGGUAUGGAAGAUGAGAUCCUUCCUGUUUUGAAGUAUAGCUAUGAUAAUUUAAGUGGGGAGAUGGUGAGAUCAUGCUUCCUCUAUUGCUCUUUGUUUCCUGAAGAUUAUCAUAUUGAUAAAGAGAGGCUGGUAGAGUACUGGAUAUGUGAGGGGUUCGUAAGUGAAAAGGAAAGUAGAGAGAGGACAUUAAACCAAGGUUAUGAGAUCGUUGGUACACUUGUCCGUGCAUGUUUGUUGAUGGAGGAAAGAAAGGAUAAAUCAUACGUGAAAAUGCAUGAUGUGGUUCGUGAGAUGGCGUUGUGGAUAUCAUCUGAUUUUGGUAAUCAAAAGGAGAGAUGUGUUGUGCGAGCUGGUGUUGGGUUACGUGAAGUACCAAAACUCAAGGAGUGGGCUACUGUGAGAAAGAUGUCUUUGAUGAAUAACGGGAUUGAAGAGAUCUUUGACAGUCACGAGUGUGGUGAGCUUACAACUCUAUUUCUACAAAAAAACGCGUUUGUAAAGAUCUCGGGUGAGUUCUUUCGAUGCAUGCCUCAUCUAGCUGUUUUGGAUCUAUCAGAGAAUCACAGUCUUGAGGAACUACCAGAAGAAAUAUCAGAGUUGGGCUCUUUGAGAUAUUUGGACGUGUCAUAUACAUGUGUAAAUCAGCUACCGGUUGGUUUAUGGGAAUUGAAGAAGUUAAUACAUCUCAAUCUGGAACACAUGAGCAGACUAGGGAGUAUUUUAGGGAUAUCAAGUUUGUGGAAUUUGAGAACAUUAGGACUACGAGGUUUGGUGCUAGAUAUGAGGCUAGUGAAUGAGCUAGAACUCUUGGAACAUCUACAAGUUGUAACCAUAGAUAUAUCAUCGGCUUCGGUUGUGAAGCCAUUGUUAUGGUCUCAUAGGUUGGUCGUGUGUAUCAGAGAGGUUGAUUUUAAGUACCUUGAGGAAGAAUCAAUGAGAGUCUUGACUUUGCCAACUAUAGUCAAUCUCCGUAGGCUCAGCAUUAAAAGGUGUGGAAUGAGGGAGAUGGAGAUAGAGAAGACAACUUCUUCGUCAUCAUCAUCAUGGAACAAAAUUCACACAGCUCCAUACUUCUCAAACCUCUCUAAAGUCUUUAUAACUAAAUGUCAUGGUCUUAAGGAUUUGACGUGGCUGUUGUUUGCUCCAAACCUUGCUUUUCUCCAAGUUAGUUUCUCAAGGCAAUUAGAGGAUAUAAUUUACCAAGAGAAAGCUGCGAGUGUUGAGAAUGCAGCUACCAUUGUUCCUUUUAGGAGACUAGAAACGCUGCACCUAUCUGCUUUACGUGGGCUCGAGAAAAUAUAUUGGAAUGCUCUGCCGUUUCCAUGUCUGAAAGUUAUCCACGUUGAAAAAUGUUGGAAGCUAAGAAAGCUUCCAUUGGAUUCAAAUAGUGGCGCCGGGGGUAAAGAACUGGUCCUAAGUUAUGGAGACAGAGAAUGGAUAGAAAAGCUUGAAUGGGAGGACCAAGCCACUCGAGUUCGUUUCUUAACUUCGUGCAGGUGGCACUGGCGAGCUACACAAUGAACUUCACUUGCUUUUCUUUUUUUUUUUUUUUUUUGUAAAACUUUAUGUCGCCAGUGGUUUCACGACAUUUGCUGGUUUGUACAACUCUUGCUCUCUCCUAUUAUUUGCAUAAUUAAGUAUUUUUCUUAUCUCCCUAUUUGUAUAAUAUGCUAGACGUUUCAAUGCUUGUGUGUCGUGUCAAAGAUGGCCGAGAGAUGAAGCACAUACGUGGACCAGUUAGUGGAGAGUUUAUGUAUUGGAUGAACAUGGGACAUUAUCAGAAGCUUUCAGACAGAAUGAUUGUAAUGUUAGUUCCUCUUCACUCUUUCUCUCUGUUCUUGGUUUAGCAAUGUUAAUGUACAUAAUGCUCAUAAAACAAUUGCACUUUUAUGAAAGUUUUGGUUUACUUGUGUGGAUGAUUUGAAAGUGAUGGAUGUUUGAACAUCCUUUGACUUAGCAUGAGUGAAAUGCAGAACAGAGAAGAUGCAUACGCUGCUGUGAUAUUGUUGGAGAUUUCUCUAAACAAGGUCUAGGAACCGAGAUCAUACUUCCCAAGAGAAGAUCAAGAACAGUGCAAACAAAGGCAGAAGAUAUUCAAGUGACAUAUGGGUGUGCACAUCUUGUCCAAUCAAAGUGGAUAAAAAGAUGGAAAUCCCUCACACGGGGGAGAUCAUCUCUUCUUUACAAAAUUGAACGAACCGGAGUUUAAACCCCUUUUUAGGCCCAUUAGUUUGGUCGGUGGUACCAGGGAUGGAGGGAGGACUUGUGUUUGUUUAGGUUUGUUAGAGAGGAUGGCGGGGAAUGAUGCUGUGAAGACAGCUAAAAUAGUUGCGUGGUGGGACAUGAAGGACUGUCCAAUUCCGGAGGGGUAUGAUGCUCGUCGGGUACGUCCAAGUAUAGAAAGGGCGUGCAAGGAACGAGGCUUCUCUGGUUCUGUCUCCAUCACUGCCUAUGCCGACCAAACAAAAACCCCUGAUCACCACCUUCAAGCGCUCUCUUCCACUCGAGUCGCUGUUGCACAUACCAUAUCCGAAUGUACGUGCAAACUCAUGUACGAGGAUAUUGUGGAAUGGCGAGGUCAUAAUCCACCUCCAGCGACAAUAAUGAUCGUAUCCGAUCACGUGGAAGGUGACUUCUCCUGGGAUCUAGCCCGGCUACAACAGCGCACUAGGUACAAACUUUUUAUGGCUUAUUCAGUCGAGAGUUACAAAGAUUUCUUCCUGCUCCGGAAUGCAAUAUGGCUUUGGAAUAAAUUACUAGAAGAAGGAGGAGGCGCACCACUUGUGGCGGGUGGAUUAUCAUCUGCCAUGUUUUAUUGCAAAUCUUGCGAGUUUGAUUGCCAAAGCCUGGAGAAAUUCAGGAAGCAUCUCUCCAGUUAUAAGCAUGGACGGGAAGAGUUUACAAGCGCUAGGUGGUACACACGACUCGAAUGUGUAACGAAGACGUGGAGAAGGAACUACAGGGCCACGCCUGAGCACGCCACAUCUAAAAUUCAGGUUUGGUGGGACAUGGUUAAAUGUCUGAUUCCAGAGGGGUAUGAUGCUCGUUUGGUCCGUCCAAGUUAGAAGCCUCAUUUAAGAAGAUAGGCUACUCUGGUCCUGUUUCUAUCACUGCCUAUGCCGACUAUAAAGAAACCCCUCAUCACCAUCUUGUAGCGCUCUCUUCCACUGGAGUCGAUCUUGCACAUACCCUCUACUGGUUAUCGGAUGUGGAUUGGGACGACUACGUCCCGUCGCUUAUUUCUCGUUAUCUACAAAAGAGUAACUACAACUGUUUUUUGGCUUACUCAUUUAGGCCUUGUAAAAUGACAGUUAUGCUCACUUCCGCUGAGUGGCUCUGGGAAAGCUUACUUGGAGGUUUUUCAGAGAAAAGAAGUCGACAGAUUCUUAAGAACUGCAGUGAAAGUGCAUCUACGAGAAUGUUUUAUUGCAAAUUGUGAAAGCCUCGAUGAGUUCACUAAGCAUCUCUCAAGAAGUAAAACACAUGCAAAGGAAGAGAAUAGAAUUAUUUCGCGUUGUGAAUUUCAAGACCGCGAGCGCACGCUAACUAAAAUAUCCAACUACAACCAUGAGGCAAGUUUUUCUUAAUGAUAUAGUUGUAGAUUUUUUUUUUAAAAUGUAAUACAUGUCCAAAUACUCAUUGUUUCAUAUACAUGGUGUAGAUAGGAUAAUCUCCCAAGAACAAACGUAUGAGGAAGGCACCCCUGAAGUGUAGUGAAGCUCUUAUCUUCCUUCCUAGUCUAUGUUUCCUUUUGCUGGUUUAAACCCAAUGCUUGUUUAAAUUAAGACUCUUUUUCGGGAACACGAGGAACGAAUAGGAAAUGAACGUAUAUGAAUAAAAUUGCAGGAAUGAAAAUGAAUGCUUGUCCCUUAUCAAAUUUAACAAAAAAAUGUUUUUGUUCUAUAUUUUUCUACAAAAAAAAGGUAUGGAGAAGAAUAAGAAGGAAAAACUAUUCCUUGUGAAUGAUGUUUUUUUUUUUCGAAUGAUAAGGUAUUCAGUGUUCUCUUUCGUUCCUUGGUCACCAUUCAAAGCCUAAAUGGAAUGUGUCCUUUUCUUCCGUUUAUCGAACUUCUUGAACAUCUGAAUAAAUAAUUACUUCAAAGUUUAGUUAGAUUCAAAAACAUACUCCUUCUAUUCCUGAAAUUAAGAUUUUUUAGAUUUUUUUCUUGUUCCACAAAAAUAGAUUUUCUAUAUUGUUAAGGUACUUUUUUAUACUUUUGAAAAACAUUAAUUGAGAAUAUUUAAAUUGAUUAAAUUUCAUUGGUAAAAAUUUAUUGGAAAAUGUAUAAUAAAAAUAAAAAUAAAUUAAAUUAUAAAUAUUUAUUAAAUUUUUAAUUAACGUGAAUACUCUAGAAAAUUUUAAUUUCAAGAAUGGAAGGAGUAAAUGGUCUUGGGAUUUGUGGCCUAAGUAAAAGAUGAAGUAAAAGACACACUGAUGAUGAUAGUUCACAUGCCUCUGUCUCAUAUUAUGCUAAAUGUUUUCUUUAUGAUUUCAGAUCGGUGCAGACGACUUUGGCGAUUUACAAACUAUGAGUUGGCCUAGUGGUAAAGGGUUCUGCCAUUUGGGUUCAACUCACGGUGGGAGAGACUAUUUAUAAUGCUUGAGUUUCCGGCAAAGAGGUGAAAACACUUUUUUUUUUUUUUUUUGGAAUGGGUAACUAGUUAUUUGUUUUUAUGAUCGACAAUAGUAAGAAAUUUUUGAUAUAUCUUUUACCAAAAAAAAAAAAAAAAAAUUUUGAUAUAUCCAAGCUUAUCGGCUGGACCUUGUUUGUCAAACUUAAAGAGCACGCCCAAAUUAUGAUGUCCCUUGCACCAAAAUAAAUGGCGAAGAUUUUUGAUCGUUUUCACAAUUUUCUUUUUUUUUUGCUAAAGAUUUAAAAAUGAUCUUAGAUCGACAAAUGAGAAUAAUAUUCGUCGCUUUUCCAUUGGAAUAUCUUUCAGCAUAGCGAUAUGGAGUUUCUUGUGUACGCGAUGAAAUUUCGUAGGGAAUGUUAUAAUCGUAUCGGAUGGAAUUCGCGACAAAGUUUACAACAAUUUUUCUUUUUAAUAGAGUUUACAACUAUGUAGGAAAAAUUUAAUAUAUUAGACACACAUGUAUAUGUUCAAACUGGUUUGAAUCAACGUUGCAUGUUGUAGAAAAAAAUCAUGCAUGUUGUAACAAAUAUUAGUCACAAAUUAUAUUCAUUUAAUUGCAGUGAAAAUGUAAUAUACGAAGUAAAUUGUAAUAUACGGUUUCUUUUUGUGCCGACCUUGAAAAAACAUAAUAAUUGUUAAAUUCUCCAUGAGAUAAUAAAAAAGUAAAUGCUCUUCUUCUUUUGACCAGAAGAAACAAAAAUAAAAUCAUUCCUUCUUUCUCCACUGCCUGUCUCUAUAUAACAUAAUCUUGACUCGAGCCAAUAUGUAAAUAAUUUUUUUGUAUCUCCUUAAAACCACAUUCUUCUCCAUCUUCUUACACUAUUUAUGGUUAUACAUACCCAUCAAGCUUCCUUGGAAUUAUUAUCCUUAUGAACACAACUCUGGUCAAUCUGACAACUCGAAGAAGUAGAAGCAGCAUAUUCUUCUCCCAUGUCGGAAACUCUUUCCUGAUCUUUUUCUUCAUCAACUUGGUACUCCAUGUUGCUUGUGUCAUUGGCAUUGUUCUGUUGAGAAGCAGAAGCUGUGGCGGCCUCUUCGUUGCUUAGCUGAGAAGCGACGAAUUUAUCAAGAACUCUCCAGUCGGUGACCUGGUCCAUCGCUUGCUCGUUCCCGCUAUUCAUGUAUGGAGAGCUGAAAAUCUGAUUCCCUUGAUUCAGUUGUUCCUCAUGCGCGAGAUUAGACUGCUGCAAGUUGGCAAUACGGCUCGAGUUAUUAUCGUGGUUGCUUGAGAUGCAAUUACUAUUAUCUUGUUGGAUCUUAGGGCUUUCAAGCUGAGGAAGUUGGAGGAAUGAUAAAGGAGAUUCAUGAAGAAAAUGAUGUUGUUGUACCAGGUGGUUGUAUUGUAGCUCUUGCUUGCUUGGCAAGUUAGGGUUGUUGAGAGCGUAAGCAGAUGCAUUGAAUCCAUAUGGUAAAUGCUGUUGGUACUGAUGCUGGUGCUGAUGAUGAUGAUUGGAGAGAAUCCGCCGUGGACCGUUUGUCUCGAGCUCAGAUGCCAUAAAAGAGAGCUGGUCGUCAUACCAAUGUGAAGGCGAUGAGUCGUAAUCUCCCAUUCGUCUCACUGCAGCCAAUCUCUUCUUGAAAACCCUACACACAACCCAGCCUUCUUCCUACAACCAAAUAUCAUAUAUGGGAUGAUCUCAAAUGGUCUAGGAGAUCACGAUUGUGUGAAGAGAAGUUAUGGUUUAGGGUUGAUAUAAUACCUGAGGAGUUCCAUUUUCAUCGGUUUCUAAGCGGUAUUCAUGCAUGAUCCAAUCAGAUUUUUGUCCAUUUGGGGCUCUUCCUUUGUAAAAUACAAGUGUUUUCCUCAUACCAAUAAGGCUAUGCCUCAAGUAUAUAGCCUUAUCUCUUCCAGUGGCUUUCCAAAACCCUGCUUUAGUUGCUCUGUUGGUUCGAGUCCCUGUGGGAUACUUUUUGUCUUUAUGGCUAAAGAAGUACCAGUCA